AUGGCGUCAUCUUCAGGACAGAAUACAGUCAUUCAUCUUGGACCAGAGGAUCCUUCAUUAUUGCUGUUACAAAAUAUUCACGUGUCUAAACAUAUAUGGGAUGGUCGAGAUCAUCCUAUUUUGAAGGUUAGGAAGAGACAAUUUAUUUCAGCUGGUUUGGAUGAUGUUCCAGAGGAGAUCCUUCCACAUUUAGAGCUUGCAGGAUUUACUAGUAUUACUCACGUGUGUCAGUUCCCAUUAGACUUCCUGUUAAUCACUGCAUUAGUAGAGAGAUGGAGGUUAGAGACACACACUUUUCACUUACCUCCAGGCGAGUGUACAAUCACUUUGCAGGAUAUAUCAGUAUUGUUAGGUUUACGCAUUAAUGGAAGACCUGUGAUAGCACCUAUUGGAAGUAAUUAUGCUGAUAUUGUUGAGGAGAGCCUAGGGAUUAGACCAUCACGUGCAGAUUUUGUUGGUAGCUUCUUGAAGACGAGUUGGUUAGACCAACAUUUUACCCAUGUGACGAUGCAUGCACAUAAUCCUUUACAGAUCACCCGAUUUGCUAGGGCUUAUAUGUUGCGGUUGAUUGGAGGUUUUAUGUUGAGUGAUCACUCCAGCAGUAAAGUCUCUGUGAGGUACUUACCUUUACUAGAGAAUUUUACUGUCACUGAUGAAUAUAGUUGGGGGUCUGCAGUUUUGAGAUUUUUGUAUAGGGAGCUGUAUAUGGUCACCAACAUUGAUCGGCAUGGUUUAGGUGGAAUGGCUGCAUUACUUGUCAUGUAG